AUGUGGGUGUCAGGAGACCAGUCCGCGCAGUCUGCGGCGAUGGAGCUUCACGACAAACUUGACUUUGCUAUUCGGGAUCAAAGGGAGAAAUGGGAUGCCUCAGAAGUAGAGGGGGCCUGCAGCGCCUGCUUCUGGCCAACAGCGACAUACCAGGCUAUCCUACUACAUAUUAUUUUCUCUGUUGUCAUGAAAAGCGAAGGUGUUGUCAACCUCGACCUCAAAGCGUCUAUCUCCGCUGCGGAUUUAGCAUUACUCAACUCACUUGUUGGAAGCUGUCGAAGAUUGGGGAUGUUCCUUUACCCGAACAUGCUCGCUAGGUAUAAAGAAGCUGACCUGCCCUCAUUUGUCUGGGUUGGUAUUGAGGAAGUCAAGCGAUUCAAUAUAGCACUGUAUAAGUUAUGUGCGAAAUUGAGCAGCUCUAGUCGGGAGGACAGGCCAUUGCUACCUGCGAGUGAACUUCAAUUCCCUCUCCCAAGCAAUAAUCCCUUGUGGAAUUCAGUUGGAAGAGAUGAAUGGGAAGCUAAUGCGAAGGAAGAGAAUAUGGUCUCCUUGAACGAUGACCUUCAGGGGAAGUGGAUUUCAAAGUUUGCAGAUGUAUUAGAAUUCCUUGGGUUAUAA